ACUCCAUCUGUACGCAUCUUCCCAUCAAUACAAUCAUUGCACGACAAAGGCCAUUCCGCGGGCCAUCACCGUCAUGUCUCUCUUCCCAGUCCACUGAGCACGAGUAUUUUCCUGACACUGAUGGCAACUUGCGACACUUCGCACCAACUGACCAGCACCGCUCGAGAGUGCAGCACGUGCUUAAUUCAAGAAGUUGGAGCCGAACCGCUCUUGAUACAGUUGGACUUGCCAUUCGAUAUCUAACAACGGUUUCUAAGAUCAUUUUGGGGGGUCAACACGUCUCACCAAAGGCAGCGUCAGCCGUCUGUGGCCACACAUGCAAUCAAUCCACCCAAAGCCUUGAAAGAUGGAGGACCACAAUGAAUCUGCUUCGACGGGGCGUCGCGUUGCGAAUAAGCGCAAACGAGAGACUCCCGCCUCCCGUCUUGCUGCAAAAUCAGGCUCACGAACGGCAAGCCCCAGUGCCUUCGCGCGGCGCACGCCUCCACGAGAUCCAGAUCCCACGCAGGAUGCUGACGACGGCGAACGCUCUCCACCACGGAAGCUUAAACGGCCAGGUGCGGCUUCGCGACUCGUCGCUAUAGAUAGGGAAGCGAUCGAGCGUGAACGAAGGCAACGGGAUGAGCAGGCGCGGCAAGCUCUCGCCUCUCAAAGGCAAUCGUCGGCUGUGGAGCAGGUUGCCCAGCACUACAAUGCGGUUCCUGAGCGCGGACGAGCAUGGCGCGACGAAUCUAGUCAGAUCCGUGGUCUACGCAACUUAAACAACUGGAUCAAAUCGACUUUGAUUCAAAAGUUUUCGCUCCCGGAAGUCCCCACUCCUCACCUGCAUGUCCUCGACAUGGCUUGUGGGAAAGGAGGUGACCUUGGUAAGUGGGAGAAGGCUCCCCAAGUACCGUCCAUGUAUGUGGGUUGUGACAUUGCGGAUGUUUCGAUUCUUCAGGCGCGCGAUCGCUUCACAAAAUCUGGUGCUCAGCAAAACCGGUCUCGUUUCGCUCGACGACCGCCCAUGCAGGUAGAGUUUUAUGUGCACGAUACUUUUGGGAGAUCCAUCGCCGAGCUCUCCAUCGUUCCACGGAUUGGCUUCAAUCCCAACACAGGCCCGGGUCCCAACGUGAUCAAUGGUGCGCCGCCCUACGGAGGAUUUGACGUGGUCAGCAUGAUGUUCGCACUACACUAUUCUUUCGAGACGGAGGAAUUGGCACGUGGCAUGCUCCGCAACGUUUCGGGAGCCCUGAAGAAGGGCGGGCGCUUCAUCGGAGUAAUGCCUGACAGCGACGUCAUUUCGAGCAAGAUGAAGGAACUGUUGGCGUUAGAGAACGCCGGAAUGUCAAAUGUAGGUGGCAGCCAUUCCAAGGACAAUGGCACAUCGGUCUUGAGUCCGGGUGGGGACGAAGAGGACAGGGAGUGGGACCCCGAGAAUCCUUCAGAGCCGGCAGCCAAUAUCAAUAGGGCAGACGAUGAAGACGAAUGGGAUCCGGAGAAGCCUAGCGAGCCUUUUCAGAAUCUUCAGAACGGUGGCGAUAGCGACGACUGGAAUCCUGAACAACCGUCAGAGCCUGGCCUGAUUGUCAUCACGAGCAACGGGCAGCCCGGCCCAGGGGACGCUGCCACAGGUACCAGCGUCACUGAGCCUACAGAGCUGAACUUGCCUCCACUGUCCUGGGGCAACGCCAUUUACAAUAUCAGUUUUCCACGGGAACAAAUCCUCACCAAACGGCCGCUCCCGCGCGACGGCAUCUUUCGACCUCCGUUCGGCUGGAAAUAUCAUUACACGCUGGAGGAGGCUGUGAACGCCCCUGAGUACGUGGUCCCAUGGGAGGCUUUCCGUGCGUUGGCCGAAGACUACGGGUUGGAAUUGAUGUAUCGCAAAGGCUUCAGGGAUGUCUUCCUCGAUGAGUCGGAAGAUCGAGAAUUGGGCAUGCUCGCAGAGCGCAUGAAGGUCAUUGAUCGCGAUCGCAGCAAGGGGCGUAAUGGUCUCCUAGUCAACGACGCGGAGAUGGAAGCUGCAAGCUUUUACCAUGCAUUUUGCUUCUACAAGACAUGAUGGGGUGAUCACCUAUGUAUUCUACUUGGAUUGACGAUCAAUGUAUCUUUCCAUCCAUUCGACGUUUUCACAAUAGCAAGGCUGACUCGUUUCUGGUGUCUGGUUGGGUCAUUGUUUGGCACGCGAUCCUGCACUGUUGCUGGCCUCAUGUCAUUAUAUUGCGAAGAUUUGUAUGAGCCUGCAGGAUGCUUAGGCGGCUGAAUUAUAGAGGUCUAGGCCGAGACAGGGUUGAUGGGCCAGAUGGCCAUGCAGGAUCCACAGUUUGAUGGGUUGUUUAAAUGAUUCGUAAGGCGCUACCCUGGCCUCACAGCGUUCAUUCAUCACAAGAUGGAACUCGCGUGCCAUAUUUGCAUCGCCUCUAUCUAGAUAUUCUAGGCUUCAUGACC